AUCCCUGGUAACCUUGGCAUGACUUUCAGUACCUGGGAGACCCUCUGAAACUUAAUCCCUUGUCUGGUCCAGAGUAAGCUUGAUCUUAAGUGGUCAAAGUCACCUUCACACAUGCUACUACAGUGUACGUACUGUACAUGUGAUGCACAUGUGUGUGGGUGGUCAGUGUCAUGGUCAUCCACAUGAAGGAAAUGUCCAGUAUCCUUGACCAGUCACCAGAUUAAGUGCAUCUACAUGUAGUCAUCUUGACUUUUGAUGUUGACCCUUGAAUGUCACCUUCAUAAUCAAUUCAAGAUUUUCUAGUUCUUCUCCCCUGUCCUUACCUUACCUUACCUACUUAUGUCUUUUGGCAAGACAUUGAUCUACAUUUGCCACACUUAACCCAGGUGAGGUACAUGUAAAUGAGUACCUGGUAGGAUUAUUCCUUGAAAUGCACUGUGCACUGGUAACGACUGCCGGAGCUAAAGUUAAAGAUGGUCGUGGUCUUGAUCAUUGUGGGAACCAUGAGGACGGUGACCAGGACACUAAGAUGGCUCAGUUUGUUUCGCACCUCAUCUUCCACACACUGAGGAAGGCCAAGGACAAGUACUUCAAUGGCAAGCUUCUCAUCCCCAGCAACCUCCCGGAUCAUGUGGCACGCGACGUCCUCCUCAUGGCACGAGAAGAACCCUGCGGGGUGCGCGGAUGCUCCUUGGACAUUGUAUACGAAGAUGGAGAAUCGUGCAGGAGAUUGGGAAGGGUCGCUGUCGACCCUGACACAGUAACGACUUUUGAAAUCACCGUUGUGGUAGGGAGGGUAUCGCCGAAAUGGUUCUUGACGAAAAUGCAGUCGGUUUUAAGGAACUCUGUCGAGCAGACCGUCUUGAAAUCAAGUUACAAGCUUGUGAAGAAUAAACUCUACAGACGGAACGGAAGCGUAUGUAUCAAGGAAGGAUCAUAAAAACUGUCAAGCAAGGACUCUUUUUUACUUUUUUUACAUUAUAAGCGAACUUUGUGGUUAUUGCAAUAAACUUUCUACACUGAGCAACGUGAGGUUAUGAACUAGAUCUGCAGAUUUUCUUCCGCAUAUCUCUUAUCCCUGAUUCCUUUUAUAAAGUCUUCAAUUUCUUUUCAGAUUGUUUACACGUACAUGCAUGUCCACUGCAAUAUUCUUAGUUAUGAAGAACUCUCAUCGAUUUUGUUUGUCUACUACCAGUAUUUUGUUCUUAAGGAGCACAAUUAAAAGUCAUUGUGCUAGCCUCGUGCAAACAAUAGCCAUAGGUUUUCUUUACUGUGCUGCUUAAGGUUUUCUAGUCUACUGAUGUAAUUGCGUUGCAUUGGUGCUUUGUCUGAAAUUUCUUAUACCAUUCCAUUUUAUAUAAAUGUACCAUGUGCAUAUAUAUGGUGCAGGUUAAUAAAUGCCGCUUUUCUUUCUUGUGUUACACAAUGGUAGCAAUGAAAGCAUAGAUACAAAUUUUUUGUUCUCAUCUUUUUUUUUCUUGUGUAUUCAGUAUCCAUAAAGUCUGCAUCAAUCUGAUCUGUAUUCACAGAGUGGCACCGUUGAGCGGUGCAAAUAGGCAGUAUAUUAAUAUGCCACAGCUGAUGUACAAUUUUUGAUGCUUCUUGUAUUUGGUAAACUUGUUUUCCUUGUAAAAUGUUAAUCUCUGAGUAUUGAUAUACUGCCAUGAGCAAGUAAUACAUCAUUAACAAGAGAUCAAAUCAAACUGCCAAUUCAUGUGAUAUUUAUAAUAAAAUUUCAAUAUGAGGGGCGGUGCUUAGGAGGAAAAAAAGUGUCACAAGAAAUGUGUAGCCUGUUGUGGUGCAUACAGUGAUAAAUAAUUAUAAGUAAAAAUGAUUUGAUGAUUUGGCAUGCUGAAUGCAUGCAUUCAGUAUGCGUUACAUCAUAUAUGGUUUCCAAAGGGGAUUGCUUAGUACACGUAAAAGGUUCUUGAUCAGGGUAACGUUUUGUUCUUUUUUAAUAAUUUUUUUAGUAGAGUUAAAGCUGUUCUGAAAUGCUAUUCAUUCACCAGAAAUAUGUAUUACUAUGAAAGCAUCAUUUAUCUUAUGACCAUUCUUUGUACAUGUGCAUUUUGUAGGCCUGAGCUCAUUGAAUAAUUCUCUGAAUACUACUUAAAGUGCAUGGAAAUGUUUUCAUCUGUCAAGCCUGCAUUACUUGAAACUUGAUGGUUCAGUGGCCUACAAGUUAAAGUUCUUGAGACACAGGGUUUAGUUUAGCCAGUUAAACCUCGUUUCAAAUAAUGCAGGUCUAGUAAAGGCUAAUAGGUUUAAGAAAUGUUUUGUUUGUUGAGAAGCAGAAUGGCAUAAACUCAUGUAGUUCAACAGUGUCAUUCUAACUCUCAACAGAUACAUGUAGUAUUAUUUGAUAAGGGAGUAGUUUAUGUCCAAGCUUACAUUGUGCACCCAAUGACACAUGUAGAUAUGUAGCUUUUUUAAAUCAUAUUUUCUAGGAGUUUACUUUCGCUUCCUUUUGUUUUUUCAUCUCUAAAAUGUUACUUUUGUAGAAUAGAUGUAUCAUCUUGGGCUGGUAUCUGAGAUGUACUUAAAAAUAGAAAAAAAUUGUUUACAAAAAAAAAUGAAACCCUCUAAAUUCUUUACUUAAAAACAUUUAACUACGUUUAUUCAUUUGACGUUUUUUUUAUUAUUAUUAAUAUUAGUCUGGCAAACAUGGUAGCCGUUACAAAAACCGAUCAUGUAUCAGACUUUUUUGUUGUUGCAAAUUCAGUGAAAACACAUUUUGCAAUUAUGUUUAGUUGGUGAGUAGAGCUACAAAAAUGUAGGGAGCUGACGCAAUUACGAAACUGCAUGAUGCCGUAAUAAUUGCAACCAGUAUCUAAUUAUAGCAAAGUAAUUUCUUUACACAGGAAAUAUAUUUGUCUGUGGUUUUCAAUUCAGAUCUGAAGCAUGAACUUUUGUGGUUACAUGUGUUUCCUUUAGCUUGCUACAGCUGUGCUAGUGUUCCGAAUUUUUCACUUCCGUUUCCUUUUUGGGGAUAUUUCCCUCAUUUUUGUUCUAUUUUUUUUUUGGGGGGGGGGGGGGGCAGGGCGUAUAGGGGUCAGUGAUUUUCAUUCACUUUCAGCUGAAUAAUUGCAUUAUAUCAUCCAGAUAGAAAGUAGAUGUAGUCUUAAUUAAAGUUUUGUUUAUACUUUACCGGUAUUUCUUUUUAAUUAGUGUUUAAUCGACCUGUCUAAAUGUGACUCUUGUUGUUCUGAAAUAUACACCUUUCUCCUGGAUAAUUCUAACCCAAUUUUAUAUUUUCUACUUUGUUUGUACAGGACAUGAUUUUAUUAUGUUCACAUUCACAAAUUAUAACAACUGGAUCUUAGUUACUACCAAUUUAUGUGAACGUUCAGUAUGUUUUCAUGUGAAAAAUAUGCAAUAAAAUAUGUGAAGAAAUUUAAAAACUAAAAAA